AAGCCUGUUGGGUUAGUUGCAAACCCGGGCGCGCGCAAUCCCACGCCGCGCGCCAGCGGUGGCGGCUGCCAUGGAGACCGGCAGGUGAGCGACAGAGGUUCGCGUGGUUCCUGCCCCACCCGCGCUGAGCGAAGAAGAUGCGGUUGUCAAGGCGACGUGGAUAGGAGGAGGAGAGGACCGAGGGAGGAGGAAGGAUGGGCGGCCUUGGCGUAGCCGCAGGGAGGUGACUGAAGCGAGUCCGGCCCCUUGCAUCCUCCCCCCCUGUGUACCUCCCUCCUCUUUUUUUUCCUCCUUCUGCCGGCAUAAGCAGCCGCCGCAGCACCUGAGCCGUUACAGCCGCUGGCUCAGGACAGCGCUAUGGCUGAGCCUGGUCACAACCCUCAUCCCUCUGCCAGAGGCGGAGGAAGAACGGGAAGGCGCACAUCCCGGCUUCUGUGGCUGUUGCUCUGGGCUGGGACCACCUUCCAGGUGACCCUGGGAACCGGACCCGAGCUUCACGCCUGCAAAGAGUCAGAGUACCAUUAUGAGUACACAGCGUGCGACAGCAUGGGAUCCAGGUGGAGGGUCGCCGUGCCACACACCCCGGGCCUAUGCACCAGCCUCCCAGACCCCGUCAAGGGCACCGAGUGCUCUUUCUCUUGCAAUGCCGGGGAAUUUCUGGAUAUGAAGGACCAGUCCUGCAAGCCCUGCGCAGAGGGCCGCUACUCCCUUGGCACGGGCAUCCGGUUUGAUGAGUGGGAUGAACUGCCUCACGGCUUUGCCAGCCUCUCGGCCAACUUGGAAGUUGAUGACAGCGUCUCGGAGUCCACUGAGAACUGCACUUCGUCCAAGUGGGUUCCCCGGGGAGACUACAUCGCCUCCAACACAGAUGAAUGCACAGCCACACUGAUGUAUGCCGUCAACCUAAAGCAGUCUGGCACGGUUAACUUUGAAUACUACUACCCGGACUCCAGCAUCAUCUUUGAGUUUUUUGUCCAGAAUGACCAGUGCCAGCCCAAUGCUGAUGACUCCAGGUGGAUGAAAACUACGGAGAAAGGAUGGGAAUUCCACAGCGUGGAGCUAAAUAGAGGCAAUAACGUCCUCUAUUGGAGAACCACAGCUUUCUCAGUGUGGUCCAAAGUGUCCAAGCCUGUGCUUGUUAGAAACAUCGCCAUAACAGGGGUGGCCUACACCUCAGAGUGUUUUCCCUGCAAGCCCGGCACCUACGCCUCCAAGCAGGGCUCCCCUUUCUGCAAGCUUUGUCCAGCCAACUCUUACUCAAAUAAAGGAGAAACCUCUUGUCAUCCAUGUGAUGCUGACAAAUACUCAGAAAAAGGAUCUUCCACCUGCAAAGUGCGCCCAGCCUGCACAGACAAGGAUUAUUUCUAUACUCACACAGCCUGUGACGCUAACGGAGAGACACAGCUCAUGUACAAAUGGGCCAUGCCAAAAAUCUGUGGUGAGGACCUCAACGGGGCAGUGAAGCUGCCGGCCUCCGGGGUGAAGACCCGCUGCCCACCCUGUAACCCAGGCUUCUUUAAAACCAGCAACAGCACCUGUGAGCCCUGCCCGUACGGCUCCUACUCCAAUGGCUCCGAUUGCACCCACUGCCCGGCAGGAACGGAGCCUGCAGUGGGAUUUGAGUACAAGUGGUGGAACACGCUCCCCUCCAACAUGGAAACUACUGUCCUCAGCGGGAUCAACUUUGAAUACAAGGGCCUGACAGGCUGGGAGGUGGCCGGUGACCACAUUUAUACAGCUGUUGGAGCCUCAGACAACGACUUCAUGAUUCUCACCCUGGUUGUGCCUGGAUUUAGACCUCCACAGUCAGUGAUGGCAGACACAGAGAACAAAGAGGUGGCGAGGAUCACAUUUGUCUUUGAGACCAUCUGUUCUGUGAACUGUGAACUCUACUUCAUGGUGGGCAUGAAUUCCAGGACCAAUACUCCAGUGGAGACUUGGAAAGGCACCAAAGGCAAACAGUCCUAUACCUACACCAUCGAGGAGAACGCCACCGUGAGCUUCACCUGGGCCUUCCAGAGGACCACGCUCCACGAAACAGGCAGAAAGUAUACUAACGAUGUUGCCAAGAUCUACUCCAUCAAUGUCACCAACGUCAUGGGGGGUGUGGCCUCCUACUGUCGUCCCUGUGCCCUAGAAGCCUCUGAUUUGGGCUCCUCCUGCACCUCUUGUCCUGCUGGCCAUUACAUCAACCGGGAUUCUGGAACCUGCCACCUCUGCCCGCCUAACACCAUCCUGAAAGCUCACCAGCCCUAUGGGGCACAGGCCUGUGUCCCUUGUGGUCCAGGGACCAAGAACAACAAGAUCCACUCUCUCUGUUACAAUGACUGCACGUUCUCCCGAAACACUCCCACCAGAGUUUUCAACUACAACUUCUCAGCUCUGGCAGGCACUGUCUCUCUGACAGGAGCUCCAAGCUUCACUUCAAAAGGGCUGAAGUACUUCCAUCAUUUCACCCUGAGUCUCUGUGGAAACCAGGGGAAAAAAAUGUCUGUGUGCACAGACAAUGUCACUGACCUCCGCAUCCCUGACGGCGAGGCUGGUUUCUCCAAGUCAAUCACAGCCUACAUCUGCCAGGUGGUCAUCAUCCCCUCGGAGGUGACGGGCUACAAGGCUGGGGUGUCCUCACAGCCAGUCAGUCUGGCGGACCGACUUAUUGGGGUGUCGACAGACGCGGCUUUGGAUGGAAUCGUCUCCCCAGCUGAACUCUUUCACCCAGACCCCACGGGGAUCCCGGAUGUGGUCUUCUUUUUUAGAUCCAACGAUGUGACUCAGUCCUGCAGUUCCGGAAGAUCAACCACCAUUCGCCUCAGAUGCAACCCGGGGAAAGCCGCUCCUGGCACUCUUCGGCUACCCAGCAUGUGCUCUGAUGGGACCUGCGAUGGCUGUAACUUCCACUUCCUGUGGGAGAGUGCAGCCGCUUGUCCAGUCUGCUCGGCCUAUGACUACCACACUUUUGUCAGCAGCUGUGUGGCUGGGAUCCAGAAGACUACUUACAUGUGGCGAGAACCAAAGAUGUGCUCCGGGGGCAUCUCCCUGCCUGAGCAAAGAGUCACCAUCUGCAAAACGAUAGAUUUCUGGUUAAAAGUGGGCAUCUCUGCUGGCACCUGCACUGCUAUCCUGCUCACCGUCUUGACCUGCUACUUUUGGAAGAAGAAUCAAAAGCUAGAAUACAAAUACUCCAAGUUGGUAAUGAAUGCCACCCUCAAAGACUGUGACCUGCCAGCCGCGGACAGUUGCGCCAUCAUGGAGGGAGAGGAUGUGGAGGAUGACCUCAUCUUUACCAGCAAGAAAUCGCUCUUUGGGAAGAUCAAGUCCUUUACCUCCAAGCAGCCAGCUCCUGUCACCAUCUCUCUUUCAGAGGACUCCUGACGGAUUUGACUCAGUGCCGCUGAAGACAUCUUCAGGAGGCCCAGACAUGGACCUGUGAGAGGCGCCCACCCUGCCUCGCCUGCCUCCUCACCUGGGCAUGUCACCCUGCAGGCCUGUGGCAGUGUAGGCGCCGGCUUCCUGUGCUCCCUACUUCUGGGAAUCUCUUCAUUGUGGCCUUAUCAGAAGUUUGGAUUUCAGACCCUUGUUUUUUACAGAGUACCCAAACCCUUCUCUCCGCUUGCCUCGAACCUACCAAAUAUACCCGCACUUCGUGUAUUGUUUUCUUGCUUGCAUCUUGUUUCCUAAAGGAGUACACCCACUGGAGCCAUGCCCUCAUAGGCCCAUAAUUCUUAUCUGAGUGAAAAUAGUUAUUUUUUUAAGUACAGAACUGACUUCUGGCCUCCUGUUUGAGGGCAGAUGCAGCUGGGGGUUUUCCUGCUUAGAUAAAAGGCCUCCAGCUCAUGAUGUCUUUAGGAACGAGGCUGGGUGAGGGAAGGAUGGAGACUGAUGGGCGGUCUUUACAGUAGCCUGGAUUCAUUUCUCCUGGGUAAUGAGUGUGAAUAGGGAGCAGAGGACAGUCUGAGGGCAAAGUGAGUGUAGCCUGUGUAAGAAGAAAACUGAUGGAGUUUUUUCUUUCUCAUUCUAUCUUAUAACCAGGCACUUCAUUUCUUCCUCUCUCUCUUUUUUUAAAGAUUUAUUUUAUGUAUAUGAAUGCUCUGUUUUCAUGCACAUCAGAAGAGAGAAUCAGAUUCCAUUACAGAUGGCUGUGAGCCACCAUGUGGUUGUUGGGGAUUGAACUCAGGACCUCUGGAAGAAUAGCCAGGGCUCUUAACCGGUGAGCCAGCUCUCCAGACCCCAUUUCUUUCUUUUAAGUGAUAAUUCUUCUCACUAAAGGCAAAGGAAGUUUUUUAUCAAGAACUUGUUCAAAGUCUUUGUGGAUCUAUUCCCCACAAUUAUUUCUGUUAAAUGCUAGAAAGGACCAGGUAAGUCCAUCUAUAUUGGUUUUACAGGGAGAUAGUAAACACUUGCAAGCCAGGAAACCCCCAUCUGUGAGCACCUCAGUCCUCAAGACCUAGAGCAUCAUGGGACAGAGCCUCUUACUUGGAAAGAACACAGGGCUUUAAAAGGGCAGUACUAGACUCCACUAUGGCAUGGAGCGGCUAUGGUCAUAUCUGCUUCUGACUUUAACUUAUCUGCUAUGUCAGGCAGAUAAGUUAAUCAUCAGGGAGGGAGAGGAGGCCUCCCUCUCUGCACCCAACCUGGAUACCCGUCAGCCCCAAGCCUCUGUCCUGUUCUCAUUUCAUUUGAACACUAAGAAUUGAAAAGACUCCUAGCCUCCGUUUCUGGUAACACCCCACUGAAAGGCAGGCUAGGUACUGACCCACGAGCAGAGUGGGCUUCCUUUCCCCCUCUUCUCCAUUUCACUCCAGCUAUAACUGAUGAAAAACCGGAGAACAUUUUCCAGUUAACCUUUUCUUCCUACUACUGGGAAUCCUACCUCUUCCAUUCCAGCCAGAAUGGCCAUCUCUUGGUGGAGUCCCAGUGUCCCAUGAUCUACACCUGUAUCCUCUCCCUAGUGACAGGUGGUUGGUAUAGAACAGAGAGGCAUUUCUGAGUGGUUUGUCGCCACAAAGUGGCUUGCUCAUCUGAUUAGCCAUGGCUGCCCUGGUCGUUUCUGAGAGUCAGAAAGAAGUGAUGCUUUGCCAUGACUUCUGGCCAUCAAAGGUGCCAGUGAUAGCUAGAUAAACCCAGAAGGUUCUCUUUGGGCAUCCAUGUUGUCCUGUGACUCUCAGGACCUUGACCAUGCUAGAAUAUUCUUGAGCGGAUAGGUACACCCAGGCCAUGAGCUCACAGACACUAUCCUGCAGCCUCUUGGGGUUCUGCUUCGAAUGGAUUAACUGCUUUCUGUGUUGAAGACCACAGGAGAUGCUUUAAUCUGUUCUAGAAGUGGGGAAAAGUUCAUCUCUAUGGACUUCUUUAUUCUGACAUCCUGGAAUGGAGUGCUCCUCCCCCAAGCAUCCUCAGACAGCACUGAUUCAAUGUUGGUGUUUUUAGGAUCUCUCUCCUACUCCUUACUGGUAUGAUUCCAAAAGGAAGAGUCUCCUGUUUUUUCUCUAGCAGUUCAGCAACUUCAGAUAAUUUCAUUAGCUCUACUAAUAUACAAUUCAUAAGUCGCCCUUUCAAAGCAUACAAUUCGGUGACUUUGGGGCUAUCAAUUUUAGUUUCUGAGCUGAAGAUAAAACCCAGGUUCUCUCACAUGCUAGGCAAGGUGUUCUUGGGCUACAUCACUGACCACGGACAUUCAAUUUGGAACAGACACAGUAGGUGUGCAAGGGAGAAAGGCUUUAGUCCUUGAGCGAGACUGUGGUAGUUUGUGCAAGCUUUAGGGCCAGAGAGUUGGCUCAGGAGACAGUGUUUAAACUCCAUGUGAGUAUCCAGAGUCCUGGAUACAUAAUUUUGUCCUAUAGUCAUCACCUGUAUGUGGCUGGGAAGACAGAUGAAGAUUAUGGUAUAUCUAAGGACCAGGGGAUUCCUUUUGCCAUCAAAAAAUUUUCUUUUGGUCUGACUCUAUAUUAAAGAUAACACUAAUUAUAUUUGUACGACAGAAGCUUUGUAAAAGAUUUUUCAGCUUUGUGAAAUCAUAUUUGUGUCUCAUCAAGACGGAUUGGAUUUCCUUUUUAUUCUGUAUCAAGCAUUUAUAGUUUGUUAGGGAUGGGCGUUGCAUGUCCUUUUUUUUUUUUUUUUUUU